UUUUGUUUUUUUUGUUUUUUUUUUAACUUUAUCUGGAUCUUAUCUGUGUUCCUGUCUUCUCAGAAUCUCUCUUUGAGGCGUUCAGUCAGCAUUUGCUUCGUUUGCACAGGAUCCAUUCACUUCAUCUGACAGCCGCUACGAGGAUGCAGGUUCGAGUGCUGCUGAUCCUGAUACUGACAUCAGUAUUAAUCACACGAGUUCAAGUGGUCGUCUUCACAUGUGAAACACAAACCAUCGCUGAUAUUGUGUUUCUGGUGGAUGGAUCAUCAAGUAUUAGUAGUAAAGACUUUAAUUUUAUGCAGACAUUUUUGGAGAUGUUCGUCGGGGCCUUUGCGGUUGGACCAAACCAAACACGCAUUGGUUUGGUGCAGUACAGUGAUGGUCCGUUUCUCGAGUUGCAUCUGAACACUCACAGCACUAAAGUAGCUGUGAUUGAUGCCAUAAGGAAACUGUCUCAUAAAACAGGAAAUACAUACACAGGUCUUGCUCUGACGUAUAUUCUGGAGAACAGCUUCAAAGCGGAAUCUGGAUCCAGACCUGACGUUCCUAAGAUUGGGAUUCUGAUCACGGAUGGGGAAUCACAGGACGAUGUUCUUUCUCCUGCUCAGACACUCAGAGAUGCUGGGAUCGAGCUGUUUGCUAUCGGAGUGCAGAACGCAGAUUUGAACAAGCUGAGAGCCAUCGCCUCCCCGCCGAAUGAAACACACGUGUAUAACGCAGCUGAUUUCAAUGUGAUGAGCUCCAUCGUGGAGGGACUGACCAGGAGCGUCUGCGAGCGCGUCUCUGAACUCAGCGUGGUCGUCUUCCCAUGUGAAACUCCAGCCAUCGCUGAUAUUGUGUUUCUGGUCGAUGGAUUGUGGAGUAUCAGCCGUUUGAACUUCAAAACUGUGAAGAGGUUUCUGGGAAUGUUCAUCAGGGCCUUCGUGGUUGGACCAAACCAAACACGCAUUGGUUUGGUGCUGUAUGGCAAGGAUUCAUGGGUCGAGUGGCACCUGAAGACUCACAGCACUAAAGAGGACGUGAUUAACGCCGUGAGGAAUCUGCCUUAUAAAGGAGGAAACACACUCAAAGGUCUUGCUCUGACGUAUAUUCUGGAGUACAGCUUCAAAGCGGAAUCUGGAUCCAGACCUGACGUUCCUAAGAUUGGGAUUCUGAUCACGGAUGGGAAAUCACAGGACGAUGUUCUUUCUCCUGCUCAGAGACUCAGAGACGCUGGGAUCGAGCUGUUUGCUAUCGGAGUGAAGAACGCCGAUGAGAACGAGCUGAGAGCCAUCGCCUCCCCGCCGGAGGAGACACACGUGUAUAACGCAGCUGAUUUCAGUGUGAUGAGCUCCAUAGUGGAGGGACUGACCAGGAGCGUCUGCGAGCGCGUCUCUGAACUCAGCGGUGAGAAAGUGGUCAUGGCCGGCAGCUUCUGUGUUGAACUCUAAGAGGCAGCAAGAGCACAAGUGGCAAAAAUGAAGAUGAUGAUGGACAGGAAGAUGAAGAUGCCAUCAUAAGUGCUCCUGUUUGCAGCGUUAUCUGGACGGCGUGUGUGGAGCGAUUGUCCUGAAAAACAAAAAUCAUCUAAUGUUUU